CGCAGCGGCCAGAAAGUUGCCACUUUCCGGCCGGAGGGCAGAAAAAUUAAUUUGGACAGCCCGGACCGGAAAUCGAACCCAGAUCUUUUGGUUACGCACCAAGAGCUCUUCCACAUAAGCUAUCUGAGACACCGUCCAACCUCAAUAGAUAUAGUCAUUUUAAUCAACUUUAACUCAGAAAGCAGAAAAAAUAAUUCGGACCACCCGGACCGGGAAUCGAACUCGGAUCUUUUGGUUACGCACUAA